UAACGUUGUUGUGUAUUUAUAAAUAAAAAAUUAUGAAUUGAUUGUGUAUGAUAGUGAAUAGGUGCUAUUGUUGUUCAUUUGGUUGAGCAAGAAAACGGCACAAUGAAUUCAUUAGAGGAGCAGUUGAAGCAAUUAACUAUAUUAAAUAGCAGGUGCGACGAUGGACAUGCGAAAUCCGGAAAAGUCGCAGCUUUAGUUGACAACUUACAGCAGAAAUCUGGUGCUGCUCAAAAUGUCGCCGCUCUCGCCAAAUCGAAGACGGCACCAACCAUUCCACCGAAGCCAUUCAAAAAAACUGAUAUGCCUCAGGUACCCCUCAGCAAAUUAGUUACCGACACCCGAGAGCCACUUUUUUCACAGCCACUGCCUAGCGGGUCCAAUCUUUUACUGAAGCAGCCCAUAUAUGCGAGUAAAAGCGGCGACAAGACCAGCAACAGCCGAACUACUUUGGAUAACCCAGCUAUAUUGGAACAGCAAUUAGAAGCUUUAGCGUAUCACAAACAGCAAAUGGAGAAAAAAGGACUAUUGGGCGCGCAGAGUAAACAAAUUGCGGAGUAUAUUGAUAGCAUUCCGAAACUAUCUUCCACAUCGCUAAGUGGCCAUAACUUUUCUAGGCAGACUGCAUCUAUUUAUAGCAAUCUGCCACACUCUUCAGAGUGUCCAACGAAUGAUUCGAAAUCUGUAUUUGUGCAACCAAAUGAUUCUUCCAACGUCCAACAAACUUCUACACAAAAUGAUCCAAUCAUUGCUAAUGUAAUGUCCCCGAUUCGAAAGCUUUCUAUUUGGACAAACCCAUUUUUAGAUAAGGAACUGGAAGAAGAUUUACCACAGCCUCCAAGUCCAGUCAGCUCUUCGUAUAGUGAGCUGCGAAGAGCUAGCGAUGUCUUUAGCAAAGCUGUCGAUUUACAAGAAAAAAUUCCAAAUAAACCGAUGGCAACAUCAAUGUCCCGGGCAAAUCAUACCAAUCAAUAUGCUACACAAAACAGCUUUCAAAAUAAGACGUGUGGCGAAUAUUUAGGUUAUGGUUCAUUAUCACAGAGCUCUUCGACAUAUGAUUCGAUAUACGAGCCGAUAAAUCCACGUCCACCCAGUGAUAUGUCUUCACGUACUACCAAUUGCAAUAUAUAUGCUACGUAUGUAAAUCAACACAAUAUGCCGGUUAGCAUGUGGAACAAAACGGCAGUGGAACAAAGUGGAAGUAGAUUUAAUACACCCAUUUACUGCAAUGGCGAAGCUAAAGUAGAGGGUUCUCCCCCGACUAAUAUUGGAUUUUCGAAAAGAAAUGUUAAUGAUGAACACAUGAGUCAAUAUCAUUUAUCAUCGAUUGAUUCGGCAAACGAGGUGGAGAGCUACGGUCGAUGUUUCAAGUGUAAAGAACGGGUUCUGGGCGAAAGUAGUGGAUGCACUGCGAUGGAUCAAAUUUAUCACAUUUCAUGUUUCACAUGCACCGAAUGUCAACUGAAUUUGCAGGGCAAACCAUUUUAUGCACUUGAAGGACAACCAUUCUGCGAAUUUGACUAUUUGCAAACACUUGAGAAAUGUUCAGUUUGCUUGAAGCCAAUUUUAGAAAGAAUCUUAAGAGCCACUGGCAAGCCCUAUCAUCCACAAUGUUUUACCUGCGUUGUCUGUGGAAAUAGUUUGGAUGGUAAAAAAUAUAUAACUCAACUCUCUGACCAUCAUUACUCAUUCACGAAAAGAGUAUCGUAUCAACUGGCAUAGCUCUACCUAUUGAAUCAAUUGGUUAUUCGGAUCAUGUAUAUAUAUUUUUAAAAGUUCGCUAGGUGUUCUUCCGUUUU